GCAGUCGGCCGUGGCACGCGGCAGUGGAUCACUUGUUCUACAAUUAAUUGGCAGAUAAUGCUCCCUAGAUAACCUUCGCGACUGAUAUACAGUAGGGUUAUGAAACCUUCCACUCUACUCAUCGCUUGCAUGGACAUGACCACGACUAGGUGCUGCAAUGCGGCCACUUACGUUGACCAGACAAAGCCAAGUCUACCUGGACUCCAAGUUCUGUACUGCUGCUCCUGUGGACAUAAUGCUGAUGUAAUCUACGAAGGAGUUACUCAGCAUACAGAAGACUUUUUGCAGGACACAAGCAAACCGAAAGGAUGUCACUGGAUAGAAGCGAAAGGACUGAGAGACAAGGCAGUCCAUCAUGUUCUUAGUCAGGUUGUUUACAAACCUGAUGACUCCAAGGGAGAGGUUCCUUACGAUGUCCCUGACAGUGAUGAUAUCGUCAAACUGCUCUGGGACGACCACAGAGUAGUAGGAUUCUACACCAUCAAACCCCAAGGACCUGGUGCACUGAACUGUGGCCUGCCAGAUGAUGAUGAUGGGAUUCCUACCCUGGAUACUGCUUAUAUACGCCCAUCUCACAGAGGCAGAGGGUUGGGCCUAAUCUUGCUACAAGACCUGGUAGACAGCUAUCCUGGCUCUGAUUUUGGACUUAGCCAUCCCCUCUCAGAUUCCAUGUGGAUGGUUGUCAAGAAAUUCCUAGAGCAGAAUGCAGAGCUCAGAAGGAAAAUGUGGCUGGUAAAAGACAAUUGUAGGGAGGGAAAUAAAACUCUCAUCUGGUUUUGUCUUCACAUGAAGGGACUUCUUUCUUCAAGAUAAACCACCAGAUAUAAAUUCAGUUUUGUAAUAACACAAUCUUACACUUUAUUUUCUAAAAUAAACAUCACAUUGUGAUUUAGAUUAAAACUUUAAUAAAACAAAUGUACUUGA